AUGACGUCGAAAAGCAUCCCCUCAACGGGCCACCAGGGUGAAUGGCCCAACCGCUUCGGACACCCCGCGUGGAUGGGUGUCGAGGUCUACCCGGUGAAAGAGAACCUGAUAGACGGUUUUAAACAGCACGAGACCGAGGACUCGGUGAUGAUAGUAGAUAUCGAGGGCAACUAUGGACACGACCUUGAGGAGUUCGGUCGCACGCAACCCGAAGCGCCAGGACGUCUAGUCCUAGAGGAUUUGCCGCGUAUUCUAGAGAAGAUCACGGACCUCCAGGACGACAUCAAGAGGGUCCCGUACGGCUUUUUGACUCCACAGCCAUCAAGGGCGCCCGAGCAUACUAUACUCAUCAGAUUCUGCACGACUACCCGGACGACAAAUGCGUUCAGAUCAAGAGCAGAUCAAGAGCGCCAUGGAGCCGUGUUAUAG